AAGUAGCCAUGGAGGAGCAGAACCCCAGUCCCCAGAGCCCCAAGGAGAGGCACCAGCUGAGAGAUGGAGGGAGAGGCCAACAGGAGGAUGGCACCAGGUGUACCAGCACCCUGCCCAGGCAGCUGCCUCCGUCCCACAGCUCUUCCUCCUCCCGCCCACAGCUGCAGCAGCCUCGGGGCACCCAGGGCCAGUCCCUGCACCGGCUGACAUUGCCUCGCAGCUCUGAGGCCCAGUCCGUAACCCGGCUGACAUUGCCUCGCAGCACCCAGGCCCGGUCCCUGCACCGGCUGACAUUGCCCCGCAGCACCCAGGGCCAGUCCGUAAUCCGGCUGACAUUGCCCCGCAGCUCUGAGGCCCGGUCCGUAACCCGGCUGACGUUGCCCCGCAGCUCCCAGGGCCAGUCCCGGCACCGGCUGACAUCGCCCCGCAGCUCCCAGGGCCGGUCCCGGCACCGGCUGACUUCGCCCCGCAGCUCUGAGGGCCGGUCCGUAACCCGGCUGACAUCGCCCCGCAGCUCUGAGGGCAGCCAGGCCUGGUCCGUGCCCCGGCUGAUCUCAUCCCGCAGCUCCCUGAGCUCGGGGGGCACCGAGAGCGGUCUCAGGCCGGACGAGGGGGGCCGGGAACAAGGCCCGCAGGGGCGCAAGUCCCGCCCUGGUGGUUCCUUGCAAGCGGCCAUCCCGGCCAGCAGAGCCGCAGCCCGUGGCCAGCACCGCCCCGUGAGGAGCCGCCGGGCCUGCAGCGGCCCGGUGGGGCCACAGCUGGCCUCCAUAAGGAAACCAGUUCCUGACCCACAGAGAAAGGCCUCUCACCAUAUGGAUCAGGAGACCCAGACUGAGACCUGGGCACAAGAGACAGGUUUAGCUGUUCAAUAUGCCGAGCAGGAGACACAGACAGAUACUGUGGCAGAAGAGGAGAAAAAUUCAGCUGCUCCCCUCAUGGCUGACCAGGAGACAGAAACUGAGACUCCAAUACAAAAGAAGAGUUCUGCUUCUCUUCAAAUGACUGAUGAGUGGACACAGACCAAGGCCCACAGCUCUGCCCCCUGCACAGGCACUGAGGCUCACCAGCAGCCGCGCUCCCUGUUCUGCAGGGCAUUCUGGCACUCCUGCACGGCUGGACAGCCUCAUGCUGCCAGCGCCCUGCAGGACCUCAGGGACAGCCGCUGCUCCAGGCAGCCAUUAUGGCCUGAGCACAGCACACCAGAGAAGUGGGGAUGGACAGCACUGCCACCCUACUCUUGGCCAUGGCUCAUUGAGAUGAACCAGUUUUAAUAAAAUUUCAUUUAUCUAAUCGUGCCCACCUGUGCCUGGUCUGUCAGGAGAAAGUUGGCUGCGGGUGAGGCCUGUGCAGAGCAGGAGAGCCCCCGAGCUCCUCCAGGCAAGCAGAGCCCAUGCCCUUGGCCUCCGCCAGGCUGCAGGUGCUCCAGAUCCUCUGGAUGAGAUCCCUGGGCUGGUGCUGGUGGCCAGUCCCCAGCUGAACCCUGUCAGCUCCCUCCCACCUACCUGCUUCUAAGUGAACAUUUCAGAUCACUCAUUUGGUAAAUUUUCCCUAUGGCUGCACUUCCUUAGGUUCACAAGGAACCUCCCCAGUAUGGGAGCACCUCUCCCCUCUCUUUUUAAGGCCUGCUUUGACUGCUCCUGUGUCACUUUGGGGACUUCCUCUUGGUGGUGUGUGGACAAAGCUUCCCACCUAGUCUUGUCAACAUGGCAUUCCUGUUGUUCUUCCUAAGGAAACAAAUAACAAAAAUACAGCGCUGCCCUGAGCGCCCUCUGCUCCCACUGAGGUGAGUAAAGCCAGACAGGGACCAGCUGCCCCAUGGAUGGGCUGGGGGUACUGGGACCAGACAGGGCUACCCUGACAUCUGUGUUUGGGUAUCGCUGGGCUUGGCUGCACAGUUCCCAGCACCAGGGCCAGGCAGGAAGCUGGAAGGAGCAGUGAGUCUCCCUGUUUUUCCAGCU